UGGAGCGAUAGCGGCAGCUCCAAAUCCUCCAUUCACUCACGCUUUGCAGACACUUCUGGCUUACAGCAUGUGAGCUGCAGGGACACAAUCCCAGGCAGGCCGGCACGAUGAUUUGACGUCAUCGCGUCUGCUGGAGAUCCCAUCCCUGCGACUCACACGCUGCAAGCCAAAAGCAAGGGAGAGACCUGCUCGUGGGAAUGUGGAUCGUGGGAAUGUGGAUCAGCUCCUGACGGAACAAGGUGCAGAGUUUAAACAUCCAAAAAGAUUCACCGUUAACCAACCUCUGAUAUCUAUUUGGAUAGCCACUGGGGAUUGUAUUAAGUAUUAUACAUAACAAGGAUUUAGUGUUGUUAAUAUGGACACUAAUGUUCGAAUGGUGCUUGUUAAUGCAGGACCGCACUGUCUGAACGGUGCGGCCCACAUAUUGGAAACAGCAACUGCAUGUCUUUGUCCUGCAGGAUAAACAUUUUUGGUUCAUUCAAACUUUCAAGUAUGCACUGAAGCCAGGCUAUGGAAGAUAACCAGUGGCGGAGCAGUUAUGCAAGCAUCUUUCCGAACUACUUUUUAAACUAUACUUGAUACAGAAUCAUGAGCAGUCAUUUGGUCAAUUCUGUCCCUACACUUAAAAACGGUAACAAGUACCAUGUCUUUAUCAGCUAUAGUAGUGGAGACUCCGUUUGGGUGUCUGGUCUUAUCAGUAAACUGGAGAAUACUUUUCCUAGUCUCAAAAUCUGUUUCCAUGAAAGGGACUUUGUCCCAGGAAAAACAAUAAUAGAUAAUAUGGUCGAGUGUAUCCAGCGCAGUCAAAAGACUGUGAUGGUUUUAAGUCCUGAUUUUGUACGCAGUCGCUGGUGUCAGUUUGAGGCCAAGUUGUUUAUAUUUCAGGAUUGCAUGUUACACAAAGCAAUUGUCCCUAUAAUGCUGAGGCCUUGCCCAGUACCUCUUCAACUCAGUCAUUUAACUUAUCUUGAAGCUGAUGACAAACAGUUCUUUGAUAAACUGUGCCAUGUCCUCUUGUGCAAUAAUGAAGACAUUGAACAUUCCAACAAAUUAGUCCAUUACCAGCCAUCAUUGUUGUACAAUGGAAAGCACAUUCUUACUCUGCCUGCUGUCAAUGAGGAGUGUGAAUUUUGGCAAAAUGGAAUAUUUUCCUAUACUUCUGUCCCAGAUCAACUCAAAGUGGUAUUGGAUGACUCUGAAGUUUAUAAGCAAGCCAUUGAGCACAUCAAUGAUAUUCCUGUUACUCGAUCUUGUUUACGAUUUACAACCUGCAAAGUGUUGCUGUGUAUUUUCCUUGUUAUUUGUAUUGGGUUGUCAUCAAUUUUUUCUGCUGUUACGGGUGCUGUUACUAAAGAUGUUCCGAUAUGUCUGCCCAUAGCAAUGGUAGGAAUUUUGCUGCUGACAGUAUUCAUUAAUAUUUUAUGCUGGAAUUCAAGGAAGAACAAACUAAUUAUGCAAACAAUGGUUCUAAAAACAUGUGAAACAAACCUCAUAUUUAGCGAAUAUUGUGUUUUGGCUGGUUGCUCUUCUAGAACUCAACUGGUUUUUGUGUAUGUAUCUUUGUGCCAUUGCAAGGAGACUAUUCAGAAUGCAUUUGGUCAUGACAGUCAGAUAGCUACAGAAAUGUGGAAGAAGUCCAUUAUCUAUUAUUCAUCUGAUUAUGCUUGUUGUUUAGCAAAAAAACACUUCCCCUUCGCAUCUGCUCCUCCACCUGGACACAUUGAAGAUGGGAUCUGCUUCUGUCAAUACAUAUCUAUAUUACUAGAUAAGGGAUGCAGUGUAAAAUAUGUUUAAUCAUUAUCAUCACUUUUUAUUUAAAAAAAACUUUGUUCAAUUACCAUUCAAUAAAAAAAAAAAAA